AUGCUCUCGAUACUUUCGAUAGAGAGCCACCGCUGUCUCGCCUUGCUUAGUCGCACGAAUGAAGCUGACACUAACCUGAGUCUUGGGAGAGGUUGUCAGGCGAUGUACGCAAAUCCAACGGGUUUGGGACCUGAGAUAGCGUUCUUCAACAUGUUACUGGUCAAAAAGAAGAUCUCUCUAUCAAACCUCUGGAUGCACAUUCACUUUUGCGACCAGAAGCGAUUGAAGCCUGGUUCUACCUCUACAGAACGACUUGUGACAAAACUUAUCAAGAAUGACGUUGGAAUGCCUUUGAAGCGAAUUAGAAAUAUGCGCGGGUGCGAAAUGGUUACCAGUGAAGAGUGUCAAGAAAAUCCCUGUUACAUACAGAGAUCUGAUGGAACUGUUUUUAUCUGCUAAGGUUUCAACUACCUCUAUCUUCUAUUUGCU